AUGUCUUCAGCUGGCGGAACAGAGGAUGUUUUGCGGCAGGUCAACCAGUUUUGGUCAAUGCUGGAUGAUUUGUCUCAAAAUGACGCUGCGGGAUACCGCAAGUUCAUAGAAAAACAAAUGAAAAAGGGCGCUGAGUUCACCGCACCGCCUGAGCUACACUCGCGCGUGAGGACUGACGUGCUGGAACCAGAACCAGGCUUGCUUUACAUUAAUAUAUGCAGCUGGAAACGUGUCCCCGCACCUCGAAAUCCGCAUGACACUUUACCGAUGUGUGGAGGAAAACUGGAAAGGGGCAUCGUCGAAGGUCAAGGCUGGUGUGCUGUGCUGGAUGUGGCGUUAAAUCCUGCAGUGCUGCAGGAGAGUAAGGAAGAUAAAGUUGGCAUUACCAGUGUUUAUAAGCUGGCCUUGAGCUUUGCCCAGCAGCAGCAUGGAGUGCAGCUAUCUCCAGAGUACAGUGUUGUCAACUUUAGCCCAAAAAGUAGCCCAGAUGACUUGUACUGUCGGCUUGGGUUUCAGAUGCGGCGCAGCACCUUUAAACAACCAGAAACAGCUAAUCAGACUCCAGCUUCCCUACUACUACAAAUCUCAUCUCAACAAUCAGACCAACGAGAUGAAGACUCUGCAGACCAAGUUAUCUGUGGACCUACAGAGGACAUAAAGAAGAAUUUGAUCCAGGUCAUGUCCACCACUUGUGCGGAGCCUCAGAAGCCAGAGUACCAACUUGAGCUGAAGACUGAUUCAGCGGGAGUCCCUCGCAGCGUAGAGCUGACAGUGGAGCUGCCAAAGGUUCGCUCCAUGUCAGAGUGCCAGCUGCAAGUGUCCGAGGAAGACGUUCUUCUGGAAGUGGAAGAUGUAUACUACUUGCUUCUGGAGUUGCCGAAAACUGUAAAUGAGGACACUGCAUCGGCCAUUUUCAACAAGAAGAAACGCAGACUUACUUUGACGAUGCAUGUUUUGUGA